CAUCUCUACAGAACUCUCUCGUUCGAAUUUUCAUCUCGUCGACAUACCACAAGCUCUGCUGUCGAUUGAGGAACCAUGUCGUCUCAACCUGUUUCAAUCGUCUGCGUCGGCAUGGCCGGCUCCGGCAAGACGACUUUUAUGCAGCGCAUCAAUUCUCAUCUUCACUCCAAGAAGUCUCCUCCAUAUGUUAUUAACCUUGAUCCUGCUGUGCGAAACGUGCCGUUUGACAGCAACAUUGAUAUCCGCGACUCUGUCAAUUACAAAGAGGUCAUGAAACAAUACAAUUUGGGACCGAACGGGGGGAUCAUCACCUCGCUCAAUCUCUUUUCCACCAAAAUUGACCAAAUCCUGGGCCUCCUCGAGAAGCGAACGGCUCCGGACCUGGAGAAUCCCACCGUACGGCCGAUUAAAAACAUACUCAUCGACACACCCGGCCAGAUUGAAGUGUUUGUCUGGAGUGCAUCUGGAAGUAUUCUUCUAGACUCUCUCGCAUCCACGUUCCCUACGGUCAUAGCAUAUGUAAUCGACACCCCGCGAACUAGCUCUACCAGCACGUUCAUGAGCAACAUGUUAUAUGCAUGCAGUAUAUUGUACAAGACAAAACUUCCGAUGAUUCUGGUCUUCAAUAAAACCGAUGUCAAAGAUGCUGAGUUUGCAAAGGAAUGGAUGACAGACUUUGAGGCCUUUCAAGAAGCUUUGAGACAUGAAGAAGAGAUGGGAAGCUUCGGUGGCAUUGAAGGCGGAGAUGGUGGCCUCGGUGGUGGAAGCGGCUACAUGGGGUCGUUGCUGAACAGCAUGAGCCUCAUGCUGGACGAGUUCUACCGCCAUCUCAGCGUUGUUGGGGUAAGUUCUAUGACUGGCGAUGGGGUGGAUGAGUUCUUCGAGGCGGUCGACGAGAAGGCCAAGGAGUUUGAAAGAGACUACCGCCCAGAGCUGGAGAGAAGGCGGAAAGAGCGGGAGCAGCAGCGAGAGAGCAGAAGAGAGCAAGACCUGGGCAGACUAAUGAAGGACAUGUCCGUUUCUGGAGGAAAGCGUCCUCAGAAGGAAGAACCAGAAGUGAUCAGCGACCUCGAGGACGAAGGCGAGGAUAUCGAAGCAGAGAUGGUGGAACCAGAUGAUGAUGAUGAUGAUCUGGCCAUUGAUGAUGACCAGCAACGCGAGAAGAUCGACACUGCCCUAUCGGACAGAUAUAAGCAAGCGCUUGCUAAGGAAGGUGACGCCGGCCAUGCUCCAUCAGGAGAAGACUUUAGUUUCGCCAGGUACCUGCGAGCGAACCAGUAAACCAAGAUACACCAUUAGGCAGCAAAAUGUCCAAGCAAGGAGAAGCGGGCGUUGGUAGUAAAAUAUUUGAGGCUUUUGCCGGGGGGCGUUGGUUGGAAUAUUCUUAUGCAAUAUGUGGCUAGACUCAUUUCACAUUCUUAGAAGAAACCAUAAUUAUCAAUAAUUACCGUGUUUGCGACUUGAAGGGAUGACAAUUAAUAUUGUGAUACAUCCACAAUCUAUACUUCGCUUACUAUGAUCGAAC